AUGAUCAAACAAAUUAAAAUAGUAAUUAUUAAACCUACUAGAAUUAAUUUUAAAAGCUAUAAAAUGAAAAGACUUAAGAAACUUUUAAUAAUGAAGUUUGAAGAAGAAAGAUUGAUAUUAAUGAUUAAACAACUUCUUUGA